AUGGGUCUUAUUGUCAAGAACAACAGUACUUAUGUAAUACGAGAUAAUGAAGGUCGUUGGUUUUUGUUGCAAACAAAUGCUGCCGCUGGCACUACGGCUUCUGAAUCUAGAGUUCAUCAGGUAUUGCAGCAACAUUUACAACAAAAUUCAUUACAGCGCUUGACUUCACAGUUGAUCAGAUCCAGUUUUGUUAUCGGAAACGUUACACUUGGACAGUUAGCGAUGAGUUCUGUCCAAAAGCCUCCGUCAACAAUUACUGUUUCAAAUUCGGCACCACAUUUACCUUCGGUUACAUCGGGAAAUGGUACUGUAAUACCAAUAUCUCAUCCACGUUCAGGUACCUAUCCGUCUGCAACAUCUAUUGUUCCAUCUUAUCCACAGCCGGCAGUGCUUAGUCAUUGUCAAGACAUCGGAAUUUCAUCGCAUCCAUUGGUCUCUUGUAUUGAGAGUGAGCAAACUGUAGAUGGCGACUCUGAUGUUUCUUCCAUCAACAACGUUAAUCUGGACAGUGUCAACGCGUCCUUAAUCCCUAUGCCAAAAAUGUAUAAGGAUUCAUCCGAAGCAAAAGAAGGUCAAGUAUGUGACAAUUCUAAAUUCAUGCAUGAAGCAGCAUGCACUUCAUCACUUAUUGGCUGUUCGAUUAGUCGAAAUUUUCCACAGAUAAACUCUCUAGCUUCUGGGACGCCGCAGCAGUUGCUCCCAGUUUUUCAUCAACAACAGAAUUUGCCGCAUUUUGUACCACAGCCUCGUUUUACGCAACUUCGUACUAGGACAAAUGGUGACGUCGCACGAGGAGUUGAAAAUGAACCGCCUUUUAUAGAAUGUCACGGCGAAUCUAAAGAAGCACAUAAAGUACGUCUUUUGUUUCUUCGAGAAGCUGAGGCAUUUCGUGGGAAACUUGGCCCUCAACGCGAAGUAAUUCACUCGGUUGAUGGUCAGGAAAUCUUGGAGUCAGAUACACCAUUCUUACCGAUGCCGCCUGUCCCUCUAGAAGAGUGGAUUUCUCGUAGACCUCGCGAAUUAAAAAAGAGAGUGUUUUGUAAAAAUAAAAGUUUGGAUGAUGAAGAUAACACUGAUAUUAACUUUCCAAAGGCAGAAGAGAGAGGUCCAUGUCCUAGUGGAAGCAAAACUCAAGUACUUUCCAGAUCUAUUUGCGAUUCGCUUAAACGUCCCGAGAGAGACUCGGAAAUGAAGAAGAAGAAACGUAGAGCCAACAAGAUCGAUGGAGUUUUUCAAGCAAACCUCGGUACUAUUCAGAACCAUCUCCAUAGUGUUACGGAAGGUUAUAUUAAGAAUGGAGACGCGAAAGUUGAGCUAAACGAUACCGAGGUUGUUGCUAACAAUGGUAACGAUGUGGCAACCUCACCAUAUUUGAACACCAGCGAAGGCGGUGUAGCCAUUAAGGGAGGAAAGGACAAGUUUUCCUCUAGCCGAGGGGGAAUCAAAGAAAAAAAGAGGAAAGUUCGACUUCUUGGGAAGAGGAGUCAAGAGGGAAUUAAGAUAAAACAGCUGACACCAGAAACUUUUGAGAAGGAAGUUGAGAAACAACCUGCUAAUCACAAGGAAAUCCAAAAAAUUACUGACUGCUUACCACAAGACAGUGGUGAAGAUAAACGCGGUCGUGAUUUCCAUCCUGAAAAAACUUGUUCCAAUUCAGAACCUGUAAAUCCUGCUGAGACCUCUUUAAACUCUUCUGUUGAAAGCGGCGGUGAUCUCGAACUCGGCAUGGGCAACAUUACUUUAUCAGACGAAGAUUUGGAUGUUGAGAGAUGGAGAAAUUUAGGAGAAUCUUCUUUACAACAAACAGAAAAUAAAAAUCGCAAUUCUGUCACUGUGUCGUCUUCCACUACUGUUAUACCAUCUUUUGCUGGUGCAACGUAUACACCACCUAAUCACUCAGGGUUUGUUUUACCCGAUACGCAUCAACGACCGGUGAGAACCUUGAUCUUAAAAAUGGGCACAGUAGCAGAGAGUGACGGUCCGCGUGGUUCCGCAAUGUUUCAUAAUUCGGAUCACAGCACUUCUGGAGAAGUCUGUCACGAGACUUCACGCAAAUCGUCCGCGGUUUACACCCCACCUGUUCCUAAUUUCGUUGUGAGAACGCCACAAGUUUCGGACACCCAAGUUCCUCCGCCUCACCUCGUUUUACCGCCUGAACAUGCUUCUUCAGCUUACGCACCCACCAUUUUGGAUCGUUCAAUCUCGGGUGGUUUUCAUCCAACAAAUGGACCUGAUUUUCUGAAACAAGACCCUAGAAACUGGAGUUGUGACGAAGUUGCUACUUGGGUGACGCGAGUGACUGGGUCAAGUGGGAUUGGAGAGAAAUUUCGAAACCAAGAUGUUGAUGGUCAAUCUCUGUUGUUAAUGGCUGAAAGCGAAGGAGGGAUUAGUGCUAUCUUGACUCAAAAGUUACUUCUGAAAUUAGGCCCUGUUCUGAAACUAGAAAAAGCGUUAAAAGAUUUGAUCGCAAAGAAUAGCGACUGA